CCCUGGGUUGUCAUCGAGUGGGACACUUCCGCUCCAAAAAAAACACGACCCCCGCCAGAGACAAACAAACCAUCGCGUCCAACUCCGCACCUCCCCUCUGCCCUCUCGUCCACUUCACCUCUAACAGCCAAUUCAUACAAAAUGUCCGCCUUCGCAGCCUCCGAUGACCCAGAUGCCCUCGACUACUCCUACACAGAGGCCGACCACACAACCACCACCCCUCCCAUCGGUCCACCAGAACAAUCCAUGAGCUCCCCCGAUCCCUCCCACGGCCGCAGCCGCAGCCGCUCCAACAAUCCCCUCCUCGGCGAUGACAAUCCACUCGUCUCCGAGCUGGAGCAGGAAGUGCUAGAUGAAUACUCCCGGUUACUGCGGAACGUGAACCAGCUCUCUGAAAAAAUUGGCGAUCUAGCCGGUUCCCCUGCUUCAAUGACACUGGAUGGUCUGCGCAUGCUGGAAAGGAAGACUGCUACUGUGUGCACAUUGCUCAAGGCUAGCGUGUACAGUAUUGUGUUGCAGCAGCAGAUUUGGAAUGAGAGUGAAGAGCAGCAACAGCAACAGCAGCAGCAGGGUGAGCAGGAGCGUCAAUUCCAGGAUCAGGAGUAUCAGCAUGGUGGGUCUGAUGGUGAGGGGGAUGUUACUUUCCAGUGAAUGUUUUUGCUGGGAUCAUAAUGAUGGGGUUCUCUUUGUUGUUUUUCUGUUAUUUGUGUUUUUGCUACAUAUACCCAUGGUUUUUUGGUUUUUAUGGACUGGCGUGAUACUGGAGAUAUAAGCUCAGGUUGGAAUCGGUGUUAAGAGAUAGAAAUCCACGUUUCAAGACUUGAUCGAAGA